CCGUGAUCUCAGACGGAGGAAGUGAAGGCUAGGUUGUUCGAUCAGUGUACACACAGCUGAAAAUAGUCGCCGUAGAGAAACUCAAAAUGUGUUAAAAUGCGUGUUUAAUCAAUCGGAAGCAGAAGACUACUUAUGUUUUAUCAGCAGCGUUUCUUCCGCUCCUGCUAGCUGAAUCCAGUCCGGUUUUCCCGCCCUCCUUAGCGUCAGUCCCGUGAUUGGUGCUCUCUUUCUGUCAGACCAUGGUGCGGGCUGUGUGGGCGGUGCUACGGACGGUGUCCUGUCAGGCAGCGGCUGUGCUGAAAUCAAACGCACCUGGUUUGGUCAGAGGAAGUGUUGCCGUUCCGAGGCUCAGAGCUGUUUCCGGACCUAUAAGCGCGUGCCGCAGAGCUACUCACAGUGAGGUGAGACCCCUUCAGUGUGCCAUCAGAAUGCCUGAGAUCACCACAGACCACCUGGACGAGAAGCAAGUGAAGCUUCUGGCUGAGAUGUGUAUCCUCAUUGACGAGAACGACUGCAAGAUCGGAGCAGACACCAAGAAGAACUGCCACCUGAACUCCAACAUUGACAAAGGUUUAUUACACAGAGCUUUCAGCGUCUUCAUUUUCAACAGUGAAGAGAAGUUGCUCCUACAACAGAGGUCUGAUGCCAAAAUCACUUUUCCAGGCUGUUUCACAAACACAUGCUGCAGUCACCCGUUACACACAGACAGUGAGCUUGAGGAGAAGGAGGCUAUAGGAGUGAGAAGAGCCGCUCAGAGGAGGCUGGAGGCAGAGCUGGGGAUCCCCAUGGCACAGGUGACACCAGAUGAGAUGACGUACCUGACAAGGAUUCACUACAAGGCUCAGUCGGAUGGCGUGUGGGGAGAACAUGAGAUUGAUUACAUCCUCUUUAUGCAGAAGGAGGUGGAGUUGAAUCCAGACCCUAAUGAGAUCAAGAGUCACUGCUAUGUGAGCAAAGAGGAGCUAAAGGAGAUGCUGGAGAAGGCGAAGCGUAACGAGCUGCAGAUCACGCCCUGGUUCAGCCUCAUCGCAGAGACCUUCCUCUUCACCUGGUGGGACAACUUGCACAACCUGAAGCAGUUCAUGGAUCACAACAAGAUCCACCGCAUGUAAACAAACGGCAAAGAGCAAUCAGGUUUAACUCUGUCACUUCACACACUCUGAGCUGCUGCAGACCCUCUGAGAGACCCUCUGUCCCCAUGGUAAAUGUCGGAUUCUUACACUACAAGGAGCAGAGUGAGGAGGCGUGGCUAACAGGAGGAUUGUAGCUCUCAGGUUCAUUCAUGUCCAUGCAGGAUGAUGAAAGUAGACACUGUUAGUCUCCAUGUUUGUAGAAAACACUCAUCAUAAGUGAUGAGCUAUUGCUGGAUUUGCAGACUGAACUAACUGUAGGUAGAAAUUAUUUAAAGUUUCAUAAAGAAAACAGAAUAUUUUUAUAGAAAAACUUCUAGUGCCUGAGUUCAGAGGGGUUAACUACAAAGCAAGUAUGAUACAACCAGGAUUUAUUUAUGCAGACAAAAUCUAAAACCCAGGUUAGAAGAAAAUCAGAAUCAGAUUUAUUGUAAAGUAAUUCAGAUUUCCAAGGACUUUGUCUCUAAGUUUUGUUUUGAAAAGAGUGAACAAAAAGUGAAAACUACUGCAAAAAACAAGAGGACAACUUGAAAGAAUUCUACGGGUUAAAUAAGUUGUUCAGUAUUUAACUGUAUUUGGGUAUGAAAUUGCCAUAUGAUGACAGGUACCUGAUAACACCUUAUUUCAAAUCCACAAAUUAUUCUCUCUGCUGAGAAUGCUUAUCACUCAAGCAGACUUGAGGGAGAAAUUUAAAAAAUUGGAGGAUUACAGCUACAUAAAAUCUGAAACUGUGGGAAAAAACCUCAGUGAGAGAAGGGAGCUGUGCAGAGGAAGUUACACAAGUUAAAAGGGAGCGAGCUUCAUGAUAGUGAUGUUUCAGGCCUUAGGCUCAACCAAGCUGGCUUAUGUUUUAGUUACACUUCAUAGUUCACUCCCCUGAUGUCUGAAAAACAGAAUACUGUGGAAUAUAAGUAUCUGAUCCAGGAAAUCUCUGACUGCAGUGUUUACAUCUCUAAUUCUCAAACCAGUGCCCAUGGUUCAAGUGCAUUGUGGGAUUGAGGUUAUCAUACUGAAGCACAUCUUUUAUUAAGAAAUGAGAAAGAAGAAUGAAAGUAUGUAAGAAAUCAGCUACUCUAAAGUUGUUUUUCAUCAAAAGUUGGUUUUUGACAAUUCAGUACAAAAUGUUAAAGAUUAUCCCAGCACGAGGCUGGAGCUGAAUGUGAGGACUUUUGAGGUCAAAGAAACAUUUUCACAAUGUUUAUAAUUUACAUGUUUAAUACUUUGCUCUUUAAUUUCUGCAGAGACAAAAAGUACAUGUUUUGAACCAAUUUAAUGACUUUGUCCCCACAAAAUAAUUCUCCAUAAAGCAUCAUUAUCAAACUUUUAAUUUAAGAUUACCAGUGAGGAUCUGUCAGUUUGUUUGGAAAAAGUCUGUCAGACUUCCUAUUUGGAUCAUCGGUAACCCAGAUUUGGUCAUCUUUAGAAAGGGGAAAGUAAGAAAAAUGACCUGCAAAUGAAAGUUUAUUGAAAAAAAAAAAAAGAUUUCCAAAUCCAGAUUAAUUUGAUCCUGAUUAAACAUUUGGAAAAAUGCAGCCCUGGUUCGUAUCAUGAUCUUGUGUUUGAGGGUAUGGAGAAGCAUGAUUCUUUUGUUCCUAUAUCAUAUCCAAAAACAACACCUAAAUCAACACCCCAGAUUUUAAUGAGUUUGAAUCUCACUCAGAUGUCUGAAAGUACUGAGUACCAUCAUGAUCAGUGUCACUCUGUAGAUUGUAAACAAUGUUAUCAGUGGAUUUAAGCUGUAUCUUUGUACACUUUUACACAAUAAAUUGUUUGCACAUA